AUGUCAUCUUCAUUAGCCUUACCACCUCUUAAACCUCUCAACGGAAUGACCAUAAAUACACCAUCGCCUACGGCCGGUCCAUCGAUUACCAAACGCAAAUCACCCACGCCCCCUCCACCCGCGGAGGAAGAAGAGGACGAGGAGAAUGAGAGUGAAGAUGAGAAGAAGAAAGGAUCAGGAGCUGGUGCAGGAGGAAAGAAAAAGAAGGAUCAGAAAGAGAAGGGGAGCGAAUAUAAAUAUACGAGUGAGAUCAGUCAGAUGAUGUUCGUGUUUGGUGAAGUCCAGGAUCCGUUGCCAGAGACAGUCAGAUUGGUGGAAGAUAUAGUCAGAGGACAGAUAAUAGAGAUUGUCACUCGAGCCCGUCUUCUUACCCACCUCCGCUCAUCCCGUUUCCUCUCCGCCGAAGACCUCAUAUUCCUCAUCCGAGACGACCGAGGGAAGGUGAACAGGCUGAGGACGUAUCUCUCAUGGAAAGAUGUAAGAAAACGAGCGAAAGAGGACGAAGAGAGAGGUGGAGAUGUAGAGUUGGAAGUGGAAGGCGCAGAUGACAAAGCGGCUGCAAAAGGUCGAAAAACAAUGAUGAAACUCCCCUGGGAAUUGCUCACUCCAUUCUCCGAUUAUCUCCGUACCCUCCCAAGCAAGCAGAACAGGGACGAUGAUGAGGAAGAGGACGAAGACGAGAUACAGGCUCACCAAGAUAGUAUGCAACGUCUUAGGGACGCUGACGAGAUAACAAAGAAGAUGACAAAGGAUGAGUAUGUACAUUAUUCGGAUUGUCGUCAAGCGAGCUUCACGUAUAGGAAAGCGCGACGAUUCCGAGAAUUCGUCAACUUCUCAGCCUACCUCGACGUCAAACCCAAUGACGAUAUCAUCGACAUCCUCGGUUUCCUUUCCUUCGAGAUGGUUAGAUCAUUAUGUGUUACCGCAUUGGAAUUGAGAGAAAGUCUGGAAUUGACCAAACCUCAAUCGGAGAGGAACACCUCGCCUGUCAAGAGGAAAUCGACCAACGAAACUUCACCUAGUAACAGUAAGAAGUUGAAACUGGACGAUGGUAGUGAAAAUAAGAAGACUACAUCCAAUCAACCUAUAUCGUUAUUCGCUCCUCCCCCUUCGGCACGACAGCCUCUCCUCCCUGGGCAUAUACUCGAGGCGUUCGCUCAGAUACAAAGGACAGAGGCGGCCAGUAGAGUAGGUGGGAUGAGGAAUUUCAAGAGUGGGUUGGGUAAAGGUAGAUUGGCUUUGGUAUAG